AUGCAAAAGCACCCAGGAGUUCUAUCAAACAAGACCUUGAUGAAACAAGCGACUCACACAAACAACAAUCGAGAAGAAGGGAAUACAAACAAAGACGGAGACAGAAAGAGCUUCGCUCAAAGGAUCCAACAAACCAGGUUUCAUGGAACAGAGACGGCAAGAAGGACUUUGAGAAUAGAGACGGACGAGCGGCCGAUCAAAGGAGCGGACAACCCUCGUCUAUUGAGACGGAGACAGAAAGAGCUUCGCUCAAAGGAUCCAACAAACCAGGUUUCAUGGAACAGAGACGGCAAGAAGGACUUUGAGAAUAGAGACGGACGAGCGGCCGAUCACAGGAGCGGGCAACCCUCGUCUAUUGAGACGGAGACAGAAAGAGCUUCGCUCAAAGGAUCCAGCAAACCAGGUUCAAGGAAACAGAGACGGCAAGAAGGACUUUCGUGGAUAGAGACGGACGUGCUGCCGAUCAAAGGAGCGGGCAAACCUCGUCUAUUGAGACGGAGACAGAAAGAGCUUCGCUCAAAGGAUCCAGCAAACCAGGUUUCAAGGAACAGAGACGGCAAGAAGGACUUUGUGGAUAGAGACGGACGUGCUGUCGAUCAAAGGGGCGGGCAACCCUCGUCUAUUGAGACGGAGACAGAAAGAGCUUCGCUCAAAGGAUCCAACAAACCAGGUUUCAUGGAACAGAGACGGAUCCAGAAAACCAGGUUUCAAGGAACAGAGACGGCAAGAAGGACUUUGAGAAUAGAGACGGACGAGCGGCCGAUCAAAGGAGCGGGCAACCCUCGUCUAUUGAGACGGAGACAGAAAGAGCUUCUCUCAAAGGAUCCAGCAAACCAGGUUUCAAGGAACAGAGACGGCAAGAAGGACUUUGUGGAUAGAGACGGACGUGCUGUCGAUCAAAGGAGCGGGCAACCCUCGUCUAUUGAGACGGAGACAGAAAGAGCUUCGCUCAAAGGAUCCAACAAACCAGGUUUCAAGGAACAGAGACG